AUUUCAAAGAUUAACAUCUCACAUUUUGUCUUGAUGACUAUAGGGUUUACACAUUUGAACAAAACAUGGAUAACUUAUCUUCUUCAACGAUUCAAUAUUUUGCUGUUCUUAUGCUCCUCUUUUACUUGGUCGUCUUUGGUGGUUAGAAUCGAGUAGUACUCAGCUUUUUCACCGUAAACACCAUCAAGAACCACAUAAAAUGUCAUGAUAAAGAUUGUAAAUACAACCAAUAACAAGCUGAAUUCGAUGUUGAUCAGUGACUUGGCCCUAUGAAGAGCCUCUUCACUAGAACAACUAAUCAGUUGGUGUUUUUUCUCUACGUAGAAAAAGCAACCCUUAGGGAGCAAACUUGGUGUAAAAAGCAUGAAACCCAUGACUAUUAACCAUGCUCCUUGACAGGCUAUGCUUGAUGAUCUCACGAAGCUCACCAAAAAACUCUUGGGCAUGGCAAUACCCAUGAGAGUGGUGAUUAGAGAAACGAAGAUAACAAGUUGGUAGAGCAAAUGGUAUUGUCCCUCAACGCCCUCGUGGUCGGUAGAGUGAAAUGGAAGACGAACAAUUGCUGCGCGAAUGCAGCUGCUAAAGCAAGAAACGUCAAUGCUGAAGCGGUUGCGGCUGCUCUAGGCCGUACUCGAUCGAAGAAUUGCAAAAACGGCAUAGACUAUGAAAGAUAUAAAGAGGAUGGAAUGUUCAACGCUACGGAGAUGGCUCGACGGGAUGGUUCCAUCAGGGUCAAAGGGAUUGUGUCUUUUGGGUCCAGUGAAGAGUUGUCGAACUCUUGUGAGAUGGGAACCAUGGUGAUGAAGAAUAAGUAUUUGGGUUGAGACAAAAGAGUUUUAUGUUGUUGAAUAAAUGCCAUACACCAACUGCCAAUAAACCUAUACCACUUCCAAGAUGUCCCGCAGGUGAUUCUGUUUCUUAAGAGAGAUUUAGGGACUUUGAUUGUGAUCACAAGAACUAUUGAUGAAUUGGUUGGAAUUAGUAAGAGUUGAGAUCAAUGAGUACUUAAAAAUGUCCACAAGGGUCAUAUAGAGAAAGUUUAUUUUUCUUGUUGUUGAUAAAAUAUUACAACUUUGUUAGAAACUUAGAAUCUUUCUUAUAUGAAUGAUUUAAAUUAUUCGUACGACGUUAAGAUAACAAAAGUGAGCAACAUGAUUUAUUUUACACGUCCAACUAAAUGUCUAGCCAAAAGAAGUGAGCAACAUGUUUUAUGGCAAAUCAAAUUUAAAAGUAGAUCAAAGGUCUAUGUCAACAACUCAGGAGACAGUGACAAUCUUAAAUGAUUUUUUUUCUUAGGGUUUUCAUUAUUUUCUUCGGAUUUUUUUUUAAAAAAUAAACGUUGAAGUUCCGAACUUUCCAUAUAUAAUGUUUUAGCAUUCAGAGUCAUUUUUCAGAUAUUCCGAUUUAAAGAAUAAUCAACAAUCUUCCAUAUAUUCCUUCUUGGUUAUUUUGUAAUCACAUCUAGAUCAUUGGGUCUAAGUUAGUCAUUUUACUAUUCGAUUUCAGUCGAUUUCCUGUGUUUCCAAUAGACCAUAAACUCUAAAUCUACCUAAGAUCUUAACUAUGAAAAAGAGAACAAAAAUAUUUUGUAUAAGAAUCUCAAAAAUAACUCGUAUAUUAUAUAAUUAAUAUUCGUUUGGAAAUCACCUUUGCAAAAUUGUGUUAAAAAUAUGAUUUGUGUAACCGGUCCAAAACAUACAGCUACUCAACUGUCUACAUUUAGUGUGAACUGUUUAUGAUUUUUUAAAAUAAAUUACAACAUCUAUAGUUCUAUACCUCAAAAGUCAAUGCUUCUAGACUAAUUCUUAAAAGUCAACAUUAAACUUACAACAAUCCCAGCUUGUUGAACUAUAGUUGCGUUUUCAUCAUUCGUUAGCAAUUAAAAAAUAAUUUAUAAUUUGGAAGGACACCGUAAAAAGUAUUCUGGUCUCUAGUCUUAGAGGAUCU